CUUAAACCCCCCAACAACUUCAGCUCCGCCACCUCUAACAGUAUCUCUCACUUCUCUUAGGGAAAUAAGUUGAUAGAACCACUUAUUAAAGGUGAAACUUUAACUAUCAUCUCAUGAUUUUGAAGAAGCUGUAAAGACAAAGAUUAUGGAGAGAAUUAUGAAACUAGGUCUUCUGAUCCUGUUGGGUCUACAGCCUGUGAUUGGAGCUGGACAUUGGUGUGAACAGACGGUGGAGGAGAAAGUAGAGUGGGUAUUGUCGCCACGUCUGCAGCUUGAAGUCAGCUGUUCUGAAGUGUAUCAGUACAACACCCAGGGAUGGAGACUGGAUGUGGACAGGCUGCGAACCAAGCAUGGUGGAGAUGAUGGCAUCGCACAAUAUUACAAACAACAAGGACAAAAGGCAUCUUGUUUCUUAUACAAACCCCCAGAGAUGGAGAGCCGAGCAGUUAAUAAGACCGUAAGGACCUGCUGUGAGGGGUGGGGAGGACCUCACUGCUCUCAGGGUGUUGGGGUGCGUGGGCAGUGCUACUCCACCUGGAACUGUGAAGAAUUUCCUGGCAUUCAUAACGCCUCACUCAUGCCCAUGGAACAAUGCUGCAGCACCCUUUGGGGACUAAGCUGGAGGAACGCUUCGGACCAAACGUGUUUGACUUGCACCUAUACUCUGCUGCCAGACUCCCAGUCCUCUCCUCUGGUCCGGAGCGGCCUGUUAGGUACUGCCAGGGUCCCUCAAGGCUCCGCCACAUGCAUGUCCUGGGGUGGAGCCCAUUAUCGCACUUUUGACAGGAAGCACUUUCACUUCCAGGGAAGCUGUACGUACCUUCUUGCUUCCUCUACUGAUGGCACCUGGGCCGUCUACAUCAGUACAGUCUGUGACCAAAGAGGAGACUGUAGCAAGGCCCUGAGGAUGAUGCUGGGUCUGGAUUUGGUUUCUGUUCAUCAAAAAAACAUAACACUGAACAGCAUCCCUGUUCCAAAACAGGAGCCGCUUUUUCAAAACGGAGUGAGUGUCCAUUGGCUCGGGGACUUUGUGUUUGUGGAGAGUGGAGUGGGAGUUAGGGUGAAGUUCGACAUGGUCAACACAGUGUAUGUGACGGUAACCUCUGAGCACCUGGGAACCACCAGGGGACUCUGUGGCGUCUUUAACAACAACGCAGAUGAUGAUUUCACCACAAUGGCCGGAAUCGUGUCUCCAUACGCUGCAAGUUUUGGCAACUCGUGGAAAGUUCCGGACCAACAUAAUGAGGACUGCAGCGAUGCAGCCGAGCUCGGCCACAGCUGUGAAGUUACUGGAGAGCCCACUCUACGCAGAGAGGCAGAAUUGGUGUGUCAUCAGCUGCUGGAGAACCCCUUUGCGCAGUGCCACCGCCAGGUUGACCCAGUACCAUACAUAGACACCUGUCAUUAUCUGUACUGUAGCCUCUCACCCAAAGAGAGGCAGGAUGCAGUGUGUGACACCCUGGCCAGCUACACCAGGGAGUGUGCUCAGCAACACAUCAUCAUAAUGUGGAGGACAGCAGCAUUAUGUGGUCGCGUCUGCCCCAGAGGACAGGUCUUCUCUGACUGUGUGUCCUCCUGUCCUCCAAGCUGUACUUCCCCCCAGCUUCCAGGACCUGCUGCGGCCAUGGGUCAGUGCAGAGAGGAGUGUGUGGGGGGCUGUGAGUGUCCUCCUGGUCUCUACCUUCACCAGGGACACUGCUUGAAAAGAGAAGACUGUCCCUGUUUCCAUCGCAGACGUAGCUACCAACCCGGGGACACGAUCCAGAUAAAAUGCAACACCUGUGUGUGCAGGGCAGGUCGGUGGGAAUGUACAGGUGAGAGAUGCGCAGGCCAAUGCACUCUGAUGGGAGCACUGCAGGUGACCACAUUCGACAAAAAACGCUAUGCACUGUCUGGUGGAAACUGUCCUUUCGUUGUUGUAGAGGACUUUGUUGACAGAAAGCUGGAGGUGGUAGUGCGGUGUGGAGAGUGCACAGCAGGGGACAGGGGAGGGGGAGGAGAAAUAAGCUGUCUAAAGGAGAUGUCCGUGACAGCCCUGCACACAACAGUCACCAUCACAGACACUGGCACUGUGACUCUGAAUGGCCAACGGGAGACUCUGCCUGUUGUGACCGGGGAUCUGGUGUUGCGUAAGGCGUCCUCUUCAUUCAUCAUUAUCCAGACAUUUGGAGCUCAACUUCUCUGGUAUUUAGAUGGAUCAUUUGCUCUCAUCAACCUGCAACCUGGCUUUGCUAACAAGGUCCGUGGUUUGUGUGGAACGUUUACUUGGAGCCAACACGAUGACUUUACCACCCCGGACGGAGAUGUAGAGAACAACAUCUUAUCCUUUGCUGAGAAGUUCACAAGUGAGCCUUGCACGCUGCCAGGUGGCGCUCCGCCUGAUCCCUGCUCCACGUACACCCAGAGGAGAGUCUAUGCUGAAACAGUGUGUGGUAUCAUACAUAGUCCCGUCUUCCAGGAGUGCCAUGAUGUGGUGGACAGGGAGCCAUAUUUCCGUCUCUGUCUAUCAGAGAUGUGUGGCUGUGUUCCAGAGAGGGCCUGUCACUGCACCGUUCUCACUGCCUUCGCUCGACACUGUGCUCAGGAGGGGGUGACAGUCCGCUGGCGCAACCAAACAUUCUGCUCGGUCCACUGCACGGGGGGUCAGGUGUACCAGGAAUGUGGUCGUGCCUGCGGGGGUUCCUGCUCAGACCUGAGUCAGGGCUGGAACUGCGAUGAUUUCAGUGCCGAAACGGGUCACGGCAUGUGUGUUCCAGGCUGUCAGUGCCCAGCAGGACUGGUGCAGGACCAGCAAGGCCAGUGUGUCCCCAUCUCAUUGUGCCCUUGUAUGGAAGGAGACAAGCUGUACCCGGCAGGUGCUGUGGUUCAGAACAACUGUAACACCUGUGUCUGUGAGCAGGGAGUAUUUAACUGCACUCAGGAACAAUGUGAGGAGGUACAACAGUGCCCCCAUUCCCUGGUCUACUCCCCCCGUUCCUGCCUCCUCACUUGCUCCAGUCUGGACCCUCCUGGCCAUCCGCAUGUGUCCAGUGUCUUACAAUCAAGCUGCAGAGAGCCGUUGUCUGGCUGCGUCUGUCCUCAGGGAACUGUCUUACUGGAUGAUCGCUGUGUACCCCCAGAUGAGUGUCCCUGUCACCAUAAUGGUCAACUUUAUUACACCAAUGACACCAUCACCAAAGACUGCAACACAUGUGUGUGUAAGGAGCGGCGCUGGCACUGCACCCACACCAUCUGUGCUGGAGUUUGUGUUGCAACAGGAGAUCCACACUAUGUGACCUUUGACGGCCGCUGCUACUCGUUUCUGGGGGACUGCCAGUAUGUUCUGGCCCGGGAGAACAGCGGUUUGUUCAGCGUGACGGCGGAGAACGUGCCGUGUGGCAGUACCGGCGUCACCUGCACCAAGUCGGUCACCCUCAGCCUUGGGAACACGGUCAUACACCUGCUGAGAGGUGGGAACCAAAAAAAGGAAUGUCUGAGCUCAUCCUCUGUUAUUUGUCUUGUGGAUGUCUGCAGCUGUGACUCUGGGGGGGAUUGCGAGUGUCUCUGCACAGCUAUUGCGUCCUACGCUGAGGAGUGCAACCGGAGAGGGAUUUACAUUCGCUGGAGGUCCCAGGAGCUCUGCCCUCUUCAGUGUGAUAAAGGGUUGGUCUACGAUCCUUGCGGGCCGGCUUGCUCUCUGUCAUGCCCAAGCGUUCAGCAGAGUCCAUACUCUAGAUGUGGAGAGCUUUCCUGUGUGGAGGGCUGUUUCUGCCCUGCUGGCACAGUCAGACAUGGUGACGGCUGUAUAGAACCCACCCAGUGCCCCUGUGAAUGGGAAGGCUCCAUGUUUCCACCUGGAAGUACCAUCACUAAACUCUGUCAGAACUGUUCUUGUGAAGAGGGUGUUUGGCACUGUGAGGGAAUGCCAUGCCCUCCUCCGCCGCCUCCUUGCCUGGAGUCAGAGUUCUCCUGUGCCAGCGGGCGCUGCAUUUCCUCCCAGUGGGUGUGUGACAACGAUGACGACUGUGGAGAUGGUUCAGAUGAGAUCUGCCCGUCUACCUGCUCCCCAGACCAGUUCCGAUGCAUGAGCACCCCAAGCGGACCGUGUUUGAACCUGGCUCUGCGUUGUGAUGGCCACCCAGACUGUGCCGACCAAUCAGAUGAGGAGUUCUGUGGACCCGCCACCACCAUGCCCUUGUGUCCUCCUGGAGAGUUUCAGUGCGCCAAUGGGAAGUGUCUACCAGCCAGUCGACUGUGUGAUGGACGGCUGGACUGUGGUUUUGCUGAUGGAUCUGAUGAGCAAGACUGUGGUGUGGUAUGUGAUGAAGGGGAGUUCCUGUGUCCUGGGGGGCGCUGCAUCCUUUAUAUCCACCGCUGUGAUGGCCACAAUGACUGCGGAGACCUCAGCGAUGAAAGGGGGUGUGUGUGCUCACCAGGGGAGUUUCAGUGUCCAGGUGAUCAGUGUGUCCCUGCAGACAGACUCUGCGAUGGACACAGAGACUGUCCUGCAGGAACAGAUGAAGCCGUCUGCCCAAGGAAAGUUUGUAGGGCCUAUGAGUUCCCAUGUACCAGCGGGGCGCAGUGUGUGCCUCAGGCAUGGCGUUGUGAUGGGGAAACAGACUGCAUGGAUGCCAGUGACGAGCAGCAGUGCGCUGCUCCCUGUGGACCAGGCCAGGUGCCCUGCCUCAGUGGGGAUCAGUGUGUGGAUUACUAUCAACUCUGUGAUGGUACUCCACACUGCAGAGAUGCAUCCGACGAGAGCUUCAACACCUGUGGCUCUUCUCGGAUCCCAUCCUGUCCAGGAAGCUUUCCAUGUGACAACCGCACCUGUGUGAACAUGUCACAAGUCUGCAAUGGCAUCCUGGACUGUCCACGCGGAGAUGAUGAGUUGGUGUGUGAUAACACCAUUUCACCAGCGCCCCCUGGCAGAGGAAACAUCUCGACGCCCUGCCCUGAGUUCACCUGUAAGGAUGGAUCCUGUUUGCCAUUUGACAAGGUUUGUAAUGGCAUUGCAGACUGUCCUGACUCCUCCAUAACAGCAUCUGGAGGACCAACAGAUGAGCACGGCUGUAGGACCUGGAGCUUUUGGGGCCCCUGGAGCCCCUGCAGCACCUCCUGUGGAACAGGAACCAUGAGUCGGCAGAGAUCCUGCCCUCCAGGUGACCCGCUUCACCGCUGCCUGGGACAACAUAUCCAGAAGCAGCAGUGCUUCAACACCACCUGCCCUGUGGAUGGGGAGUGGUUGCCAUGGUCUGGCUGGUCCAACUGUUCUGGUGGCUGUGGGGGGGUGCAAGUGCGACAUAGAGACUGCAUUCCUCCUCGCUACGGAGGUCGACACUGUUCCCAGCUCCCUGGACCGUCCAACCUCUCCAUGGAGAUUAAGCCCUGUCCUGAUGAUGGUUGUGCUAACGCCAGCUGUUCCCCCGGCCUGCUGAGACACAGCUGUGUUCCAUGUCCUUUCUCCUGUGCUCACAUCAGCAGCGGGGUCACCUGUGACCCUGGGACACCCUGCGUUUCUGGUUGCUGGUGCCCUGAAGGCCGGGUGAUGAGCCAUACGCAGCAGUGCGUCUCACCUGAAGAGUGUGUGUGUGAGGUGGCCGGUGUUCGAUACUGGCCCGGCCAGCAAAUAAAAAAGGACUGUGACCUUUGCGUUUGUGAGAGGGGAAAGCCUCAGCGGUGUCAACCCAACCCCGACUGCUCAGUGCACUGUGGCUGGUCAUCGUGGUCGGAGUGGGGGGAGUGUUUGGGACCCUGCGGAGUCCAGAGCGUCCAGUGGUCGUUCCGAAGCCCGAAUAAUCCCACUAAGCAUGGAGAUGGAAGGGUGUGCAGAGGGAUUUACAGAAAGGCCCGUCGGUGUCAGACAGACCCCUGCGAUCAGUGUCAUUAUCAGAGUCGGUCGCGUGCCGUUGGAGAAAGAUGGAGGGCAGAGCCCUGCCAGCUAUGCCACUGUCUUCCUAACCUCACAGUGCAGUGUGCCCCCUACUGUCCAUAUGCCGUCAGUGGAUGCCCUACUGGCCAAAGCCUCGUCCCUGGAGAGGGAAGCAGGUGCUGUUAUUGUCAAGGUGAAAACGACACAGUUGCUGUGACAGAAACCCCUGGAAUUAUAACAUCCAAGCCUGAGGAUAUAACUCCUCUGGUUCCUACAUAUCCAGUACCACCUGGAGAUGAGUGCUGGGUGCCUCUGGGUGUCCAGACCCUCCCAGUAUCUAGUUUUACUGCCUCGUCUUACCAGGAGGGCCACCCACCAGAGGCAGCACGUCUUCAUAGGUGGGACCGUCAUAGAGACCUCCAGGGCUGGAGUCCACAGCCAGAGGAGUAUAAAGAACUACCUCAAAAGAGACCUGAAGGACAGAGUGUCAGCACAGAAAGCCCCUACAUACAGAUCGACCUGCUUAAACCCUACAACAUCACUGGCGUUCUCACCCAGGGAGGAGGUGUUUUCGGCACAUUUGUGUCCAGCUUCUACCUUGAGUUUAGUCACGAUGGGAAGCGUUGGUACACUUACCAGGAGGUUCAAUCCAAUGCUCCACCAAGAGCUAAGAUUUUUCUUGGUAACCAUGACGAUCGAGGUGUGGCGGAGAGCAGGCUUGACAGAAUAGUGUCAUCUCAGUUUGUUAGACUGGUUCCCCAUGACUUCCAGAAUGGCAUCUACCUACGGCUGGAGAUCAUGGGCUGUGGUGACGGUUAUCAUUGGUUAACCUCCCCAACCCCUCCUUCACCUCUGACUCCGGGUAAAGGCUGCAGAGAGAAAGAAUUUCUCUGUGACAAUGGUCGCUGUGUACCGGCAGGUUCUGUUGGGGUUCUUUGUGACGGGGUCAACGACUGUGGGGAUGGAUCAGAUGAGAAGUACUGUGGUACUCAACCCUCCUCAACAGCCACCAGUCCACGCAGCUGUCCCACUGGUUACUUCUCUUGCCCACCCCCAGGGGGCUGCAUCGAAGCAGAAAGGCGUUGUGAUGGUAUUCCUAAUUGUCCCAAAGGAGAGGAUGAAAACGGAUGCCACCUACAUGACAUCACUACACAGUCAGACAGGCCUCAUACCCCGACCCCUUCCCCUCUGAGGACCCCAUCAAUGGCUGCUGUUACUUUCUCUGCUGUAACACCAACUGAUGGUGGCCCAGGAUAUCAAGGCGCUUGCUCCUCUCCUCUUGGACUGGAGGAUGGGAGGAUUCAUUACGGCCAGCUGUCCUCAUCUUCACAGCGAGAUAACAACCCUGCUGAUGCUGGGAGACUGAACAUUAUCCCAAACAUUCCAGUUAUGGAGCCUGGUUGGAGCCCCCUGCCUUCAGACCCCCAGCCUUAUUUCCAGGUGGAUUUUCUGGAGCCAACUUGGAUAUCAGGGUUGGUGACGCAGGGUAACGACCGGAUGUGGGGUUACCUCUCCAAAUACCGCUUGGCCUUUGCCUCCAACAACGGCCUCUUCUCAGAUUUCACAGCAAAUGGGAACUUUGACGGCCCUGCUAAGGUGUUUGAGGUCCGGAUGGUGGGCAGGACCCCUGUGACCCGUUGGUUGGGUCGGUUGGUAAGAGCUCAGUACAUGCGGAUCAUCCCGGUGGAGUUCAGGCACACCUUUUACCUGCGUGUGGAGAUUCUCGGCUGCAGAGGAGACGAAGUGAUGACCACAUCGCCCUCUGGUGUUGGAAGAGUGACGGUACAACGCUGUAAGCCAGGCCAGUUUGUAUGCCACCACAGUGAGGAGUGCAUCCCCGUGUCUAUGCUUUGUGACGGUCAACCAAACUGCAAGGACCACUCUGAUGAGAUAAGCUGUGGAACCGCAACCACCAGAGGCCUUCCAGGCCUCCGUAAUCAGACCAGCUACACUGGUGUAGUAUCACCUGGAGUCACAGCUGUAUCUCAGCCGCUAACCACAGAACCGUCAGUCUUUAGCAGCACCUCUGAUAGCGGUUUACCCAGAGUGCUCUGUGUGGAGGGCCAGUUCACAUGCCGAUCCUUUGGCUGUGUGGACGCAGCACAAGUCUGUGAUGGAAGGAAGGAUUGCUUGGAUGGUUCAGAUGAAGAACGUUGUGGCACAUUCACCAGUCCAACAGUAACUCCAUGGCGCCCCCCGGUGCCCAAGCCUUGCUCUCCUAAGCAGUUUUCCUGUGACACCGGCGAGUGCGUCCACAAAGAUCGCAGAUGUGACCUGCAGAGGGAUUGCAUGGAUGGUUCGGAUGAAAAAGACUGCGUGGACUGCAUAAUGUCUCCGUGGACAGCCUGGAGUUCCUGCAGUGUGACCUGUGGCCUCGGCUCCUUGUUCCGCCAGAGGGACAUUUUAAGAGACGCCCUGCCAGGAGGAUCUUGUGGCGGAGCUCAGUUUGACAGUCGGGCCUGCUUUCUUCGAGCAUGUCCAGUUCAUGGUCACUGGUCAGAGUGGACAGAGUGGUCACAGUGCGAUGCUCUGUGUGGAGGAGGAGUUAGGCAGAGGAACCGAACCUGCUCAGCUCCACCUCCUAAAAACGGCGGGCAGGACUGCGAGGGCAUGACCCGACAGAGUCAAACCUGCAACCUUCAGCCCUGCACUGAUGAGACGGGCACAGUGAAGGGGUGUGUCAGUGGUAUGGUGCUGGUGGCAGAAGAAGACUGCAACGCUGGAAGAGUUGAUCCCUGUCCUCCUACCUGCUCUGACCUCAGCAUGACCAGCAACUGCUCUGCAACAUGUGUCAUCGGCUGUCGCUGUCCCUACGGGUUGUACCUUCAGGACGGGCGCUGCGUGAACUCCAGCCAGUGUGUCUGUCACUGGGAUGACGACACCCUGCAGCCUGGACAGGUGAUCAGCAGAGACCAGUGCACCACCUGUGUGUGCAUAGAAGGGCAGGUGACCUGUGACACUUCUAGAUGUGUGAGGACCUGUCAGUGGUCGGCCUGGUCUUCAUGGUCUCCCUGUGAUGUGACGUGUGGCGUGGGGCUGCAGCAGCGCUACAGGUCUGUGCUCACAGCAGAUGGACCACUCAGAGGUCAGCCCUGUUCAGGGGACUCCUCCGAGUCCCGGCGUUGCUCCAUCCCAUGUCUUCCUGUCCUAGCAGGUGGUGCAUGGACUAAAUGGACCAGCUGGUCAGAGUGCACCAAGACAUGUUUCAGUGACGUGGAUGAUGUGGGAAUGAGGCGGCGAUUUCGCAGCUGCAACCAAACACUCCCAGCUUCUAACCCGAGGAGCACAGAACCUGAGUGUGAUGGAGAUGAUGAGGAACAAGAGCCCUGCAACACCGUGCACUGCCCAGUUGAUGGGGGGUGGUCCCUGUGGUCCCAGUGGUCUCAGUGUUCAUCUGAGUGUGACUCUGGCAUCCAGACCAGGGGGAGAUUCUGCAGUUCACCAACCCCACAGCAUGGGGGCAGUAACUGCACUGGGCCCCACAUACAAACCAGGGACUGCAACUCCCAUCCCUGCUCAGGUGUGUGUCCAGAGGGUAUGAUGUACAUGACCGUAGCGGAGUGUGAAGCUCAGGGAGGGGCGUGUCCUCGAAUAUGCAUGGACAUGACCUCUGCGGAGGUUCAGUGUGCCACCUCCUGUUAUGACGGCUGUUAUUGCGGCCCGGGCCUCUACCUGUUUAACAGCAGCUGUGUUCCUUUGGCACAAUGCCCCUGUUACCACCAGGGAGAGAUGCACCCAGCUGGCGCCUCCGUGCCUUCGGAUGCCUGUAACAACUGUACCUGCAUUGAUGGAGAAAUGGAGUGUGGGGCUGUUCCAUGCCCAGUGGACUGCGGCUGGAGCAGCUGGACGCAGUGGAGCGCGUGCACUCGAACCUGUGACGUAGGUAUAAGACGGAGAUACCGCUCAGGAACCAAUCCGCCACCGGCCUUUGGCGGCCGUCCCUGUAAAGGAGACAGAGUCGGGGUGGACACCUGCAGCAUCGAGCCAUGUCUCGGGAUAAGAGAACCAUGGAGUAUGUGGUCGGAGUGUUCUGCAACAUGCGGAGGAGGUUACAGGACCCGGACCCGAGGGCCAAUCAGAAUCCACGGCACACCCCAGCAGUUCAGCGCCUGUAACCUGCAGCCAUGUGGUGAGAGCAGCACUUGUCCUCCAGGUCAGCAGUGGACGCAGUGUUUGCUGGGUCCUGUCACCUGUACGGAUCUCACAUUGGACCUAAGCAGGAACUGUACCCCAGGUUGCCAGUGUCCACAUGGGACCGUACUGCAGGACGGCAGCUGUGUGCCUCAGUCAGACUGUCGCUGUGAUAUAAACAGAGAGCCAACUGGAGAUGGAGACACUCUGCCCAGGAACUGCAAGAACUGUACCUGUGAAAGAGGAAAGCUUGUCAACUGUUCUCAAGUUAGCUGCAACGUGGACGGCCACUGGUCAAACUGGACCCCCUGGGGUCAGUGCUCAGUCUCCUGUGGAGCGGGUCUCCAGUCUCGGUACCGGUUUUGUUCCAGUCCCCAGCAGUCUGGCAGUGGACUUCCAUGUCUUGGUUCCCGCCGCGAGGAUCGAGUCUGCAUCAGUUCUCCAUGUGAUGUUGAUGGGGGUUGGAGUCAGUGGACUGACUGGACAGAGUGCACCAAGUCAUGUGGAGGGGGGGUUCAAAGCCGGAGGAGACAGUGUGACAGCCCCCCUCCAGAGGGGGAUGGGGACUACUGCGAGGGGCUGGGGACAGAAGUCAGAGGCUGUAACACAGACCACUGUCCAGUCCCACCUUGUUGGAAGGUCCCAGGGACAGUUUUCAGCAGCUGUGGGCCCUCCUGCCCUCGCUCCUGUGACGACCUGUCACACUGUGAGUGGCAUUGUGAGCCUGGUUGCUACUGCACAGAAGGGAAGGUCCUGUCGGCCAAUGGGACGCUCUGUGUAGCGAGGGAAGACUGCCCUUGUCUGGACAUAAAUACUGGCCAGCGAAUAGAACCAGGAGAAUCCACUGAGGCCUCUGAUGGAUGCAACAACUGCACAUGUGAAGGUGGCAAGUUCAACUGUACCAGAGAGCCAUGUCCAGUGUCUGGAGGUUGGUGUGAGUGGUCAGAGUGGACUCCCUGCUCCAGAACCUGUGGGGCAGAGUCUGUGUCCCGCUACAGGAGCUGUAACUGUCCUGAACCUAAAGCUGGGGGAGAACCUUGUCCUGGAGAACAGGAAACGCACAGCAGGAUGGGCGUUCAGAUCCAGAGAAAGGCCUGCCCCGUCAUCACCUUCUGCCCCAUUCAUGGUUCAUGGAGUUCCUGGUCAUCCUGGUCAGAGUGCGAUGCCUGCGCCGGGUCAUCUGUUCGUACCAGACAGUGUAACAGUCCUCCCGCCAGAUUUGGCGGUCUGCCCUGCCUGGGAGAGAGUCGGCAGAGUCGGCGAUGCCACAACAACCUCACUGUCUGCUCAGAAUGCGGCGGUGGUCAAGAAGAAUGGCCGUGUGGGAAGCCCUGUGCUCGAUCCUGUUCAGAUCUCCAUGGCGACACAGAGUGCUUGGACUCCCCCCCCUGCAUCCAGACCUGCGGUUGUCCGGGUGACAUGCUCCUGCAGGAUGGAGCAUGUGUGACCAGAGAGGAGUGCCGCUGCAAAUAUCACAACAGCUCUGUCACCGAUGAAGAUUUAGAUUCCAGUAAUGCAUCAUGGGUUUGGCCCGGCGGAUAUGAUUGGCAGUUUGCAAAUCCAGGAGAUAUAAUCAUCACCGAAUGUAAAAACUGCUCAUGUGAGGCUGGGGUCCUGCAGUGUCAGUCUGUCCCUGGUUGCCAUGUGGACGGGGGCUGGGGCCAAUGGGGAGCCUGGAGCCAGUGCUCUCGUACUUGUGGCGGCGGAGUUACGUUCAGGAGGCGCCUGUGCAACAACCCAGCUCCUCAGAACAGUGGCAGAGGCUGUGUGGGUGAAGCUGAGCAGCAAAAGGACUGCAACCUGCAGAUGUGCACAGACUCGGUCGGCCCUUGGUUGCCCUGGUCACAGUGGUCUGCCUGCUCGGUCAGCUGCGGUGGAGGGCAGCAGUCCCGUUCUCGUGUCUGCACUUCUCCACCUUGCCACGGCGUCAGUCGCCAAAGCAAAAUGUGCAACACGCAAGUCUGCCUUGAUGUCGGCUGCCCUCCAGGCAAGCUGUACAGGGAGUGUGAGCGUGGAGAGGGCUGUCCCUUCAGCUGCGCUCAGCUCAGCGGCAGAGAGGGCUGCUACUCUGACAGCUGUGAGGAGGGCUGCCACUGCCCCCCGCACACCUACCAACACCGUGGAAGGUGCACACCGGAGUGUCCAUGUCUGGUGGAUAAAGAGUUCCUGGCCUCCCUGCGGACCGUGUCCAUCACACCUGAACCGUUUCUGCUCUCCAAUAUCUCAGAAGGGAUGGAGCUCAUGUCUGGAGAAACUUUAACUCAUGACUGCAGCACCUGUGAGUGUGAGCAUGGCAGGUGGAACUGCUCCCUGGAGUUCUGCCCAGUGGAUGGUGGUUUGUCACCAUGGGGCCCCUGGAGCCACUGCUCACUCUCCUGUGGAGGUUUGGGAGUGAAGAGUCGAUUCAGGAGCUGCACACAGCCUGCCCCAGCCCAUGGUGGGAGACACUGUCAGGGUCCCCGCCAGGAGACCACCUACUGCCAGGCCCCUGACUGUCCAGCUACUAUUGUUCCAACAGUAGAACCAGCUAUUCCAGAGGAUGAUUCAGGCUUCUCUCCGUGGUCCCUGUGGAGUUCCUGCACCAAAACAUGCACCGAUGUCCAAAGCCCUGCUACAAAGUCUCGUCAUCGACAGUGUGCCAAACCUCCCUGCUCUGGGAUCUCUCACCAGGAGAAAGCCUGCAACCUGCCCCAGUGUCCAGGGGAGCUGUGCGUCAGAGCCGACUGUGUAGAAAGGAACUGCUCAUGGAUGGAGUGGGGGCAGUGGGGGUCCUGUUCUCGCUCCUGUGGAGUAGGCCAACAGCAGAGGAUCCGGACCUUCUUCCCCCCAGCUGGAAACGGCUCGUGGUGCGCAGACAUUGUUGGAGGGAACCUGGAGAAUCGGUUCUGCAACAUCAGGCCCUGCAGAGUGGAUGGAGGCUGGUCCAGGUGGAGCCCCUGGUCCCGCUGCGAUCAGCUCUGUGGAGGGGGGCGCUCCAUCCGCACGCGCUCCUGCUCCAGCCCCCCGCCAAAGAACGGAGGGAGGAAAUGUGUGGGGGAGAAGAACCAGGUUAAACCCUGCAACACCAAACCCUGCGAUGACUCCGGGUGUCCAGCGGGCCAGGAGUUUGUGGCGUGUGCCAACCAGUGUCCUCAGCGCUGCUCAGAUCUCCAGCAGGGAAUAGAGUGCCAGGACAGCAGCGAAUGUCAGCCGGGCUGCCGCUGCCCUAAAGGUCAGUUGCAGCAGGACGGCGUGUGUGUGGAGCCGUGGCAGUGCGACUGUGUGGACACUCUGGGCCACAUGUGGGCGGCCGGCAGCUUGCACCAGGUGGACUGCAACAACUGCAGCUGCUCUGACGGACAGCUCCUCUGCACCAAUCACAGCUGUCUCCCCGCCUGCGCCUGGAGCCCCUGGUCCAGCUGGGCAGAGUGCAGUGUGUCAUGUGACCAGGGCCGCAGAACCAGAUACAGAUCCAUGAUCCCAGAGAGUGAAGGAGCAGACUGCAGCUUUGAGCAGGUUCAACACAAACCUUGCAACCCAGGACCCUGCCCCCCCCUCUGCCUUCACCACCACCAAGAGCUGCGAGUGGGAGACACCUGGCUGCAGGGGGAGUGCCAGCAAUGCACAUGCACCCCAGAGGGAGUCUACUGCCAAGAUGUGGACUGCAGAGUGGAUGGUUCCUGGACCCCCUGGUCGGUGUGGUCUGACUGCUCAGUGACCUGUGGUCGGGGCACACAUGUUCGAACUCGAGCCUGCAUCAACCCCCCACCUCGAAACAACGGCUCUCACUGCAGCGGACCAGAGAGGGAGACACAGAGCUGUCUGACCCCCCCAUGUUUGGAUGACCUUUGCCCAUGGUCGCCAUGGUCACCGUGCUCCCGGAGCUGCGGUGCCGGGUCCGUGUUCCGGCGUCGGGUGUGCGUGUGUGAGGAGGAAGGGGACGCCGCGUGCCCCCCUGAGGUUGAGGCUGUGAGGAACAGUGAGGAGACCCAGCUGUGCUACCACCAACCAUGCCCAGUGUGUCCCAUGUCAGCGUGGAGCAUUUGGUCCCACUGCUCCUGUGAGACUCAGAGGCAGCAGCGUUAUCGUGUAGCUCUCACUUCAGCCACCGGAGGGCAGCAGUGCACUCCUGUAGAAACCCAGAGCCGGGCCUGCACCCUCACCCAGUGUGAGGCCUGUGAAGCUCCGUUUGUUUACUCGGCAUGCGGAGCUCCCUGUGAGAAGCAGUGUGCGCUGAUAGGCAACCAGGAUCUAUGCCUGGGGGUGAGGGAGUGCACGCCUGGCUGCUACUGCCCUGAGGUGAACCUCCACCUUUGUCAUGAUGGGACUUUACACUGUGACACCAGAGAGUGUGACGUAAUCCUCAGCGAGUGGUCAGAGUGGACCGCCUGCUCUCCGUGCGUUCCCCAAAACUCCCUGGAAGGGCAGAGCAACAGCAGUGAAAUGGUCUCCAUCCAGAGACGUUUCCGGGCCUGUUUGGACGUAGAUUCUGGUCUUCCUGUCAGAGGCGAGGAGGGGAGCCAAUGUCCUGGACCGUUGGUGGAGGAGAGGCGGUGCUCAGAUGCCAGUGUCUGUAGAGAUCUGUGCAACUGGAGCGCGUGGAGUGUUUGGACGGCCUGUGCACAGCCAUGCAGCGGUGGAGUCAGGCAGCGCUACAGACGACCCCUGGCCUCUCCUGCAGGGCCUCGUUGUAAGAGUCAGCAGACGCAGAGUCAGAGCUGCAACACUGGACUAUGUCCUGGUGAGCGCUGUGAGGACAGAGAGCGGAUCUACCAGGACAGCUGUGCUAACCAGUGUCCUCGGAGCUGUGCAGACUUGUGGGAGCAUGUUCAGUGUCUGCAAGGAAACUGUCACCCAGGCUGUCGGUGUCCGGAUGGAGAGCUGCUGCAGGACGGCCGCUGCGUACCGGUGACCGAGUGUCGCUGUGGGAUCCCAUCAGGGAACGGGACGUUAGAGUUCAGCCCUAAAGAGGAGCUAAUUGUUGAAUGUAACACUUGUGUGUGUGAAAAUGGCAGCCUGGUGUGCACCACGCGUCCCUGCCCGGUUUACGAGCCCUGGAGCCCGUGGAGUUCCUGCUCCGUCUCCUGUGGACACGGACGCAGAACACGGACACGCAGCUGCCAGGACACGGAGGGCGGCCCCUCCUGCGCUAACACCACCCAGACAGAGAGCUGUGAUCUACCAUCUUGUCCAGAGGGCUGUUUGGUGAGUGAGUGGUCGUCCUGGAGCGAGUGCAGCACCACGUGCGGCGGAGGGGUGACAAUGCGAAACAAGAUGAUCCUUCAAGAGCCAGAGCCCGGUGGGGCAGAGUGUGUAGGACCUCUGAAACAGCACAGCAUCUGUAACACCAACCGCUGCCUGCCUGAGUGUCCCAGCAGGCAGGUGUUCACCAACUGUUCAGCUUCUUGUCCUUACACAUGCGAGGACCUGUGGCCGCACACCCAGUGUUUACCUGCACCUUGCUCUCCAGGCUGUUCCUGUCCUCCUGGGCAGGUCUUGUACGAAGGCUCCUGUGUGCCUCACACUGACUGCCCCUGUUCAUCACUGUCUCUGCCGACUGAGUUCCAGAGCUGGAACAUGAGCAGUGAGGUUGUCCUGCAGCCUGGAACCUCCAUUCAGCACCAGUGCAACACAUGCGUUUGUCGAGGCGGCGCGUUCAGCUGCACCACAGAGACCUGCGACGUGGCCUGUCAGUGGUCCAGCUGGUUGCCAUGGAGUCCGUGCUCGGCUAGCUGUGGCACCGGCCACCAAAGCUCUACCAGGACGGUUCUGCAGCCCAGCCUAUAUGGAGGAGCCCCGUGUGAAGGCUUGAACAUCCGAACUAGAAGCUGCGUUGCUCCUGACUGUGAAUGCCCUGAGGGGGAGCAGUGGAAGAGGAGCCUGUCAGAGGAGGCCCCGCUGUGUGAGAGAAGCUGCCAGGACAUUUACUCCACCUCCCCUGUCAACUGCAGCCGCUCCGCCGAAGGCUGCGUGUGUCAGGAAGGGCUUUACCGAAACCUAGAGGGCGUGUGUGUCAUCCCGGCCCUGUGCCCCUGCCAUGACCAGGGCAUCGUGCGAGAGGCAGGAUCGGAGUGGGAAGAGGGCUGCCUAACAUGCACCUGCAUGAACGGAAGGAAACUGUGCCAGACGAGGUGUCCUCCGCUCCAAUGUGAAGAGGGUGACGUUAAAGUGGAGGAACCAGGCAGCUGCUGUCCAGUCUGCAGGAAGCUGUUCCCAGGUGAGCCUGUGGCGGAGUGCAAACGCUACGUUGAGGUGCGGAACAUCACCAAGGGAGGCUGUCGUCUUGACAACGUGGAGGUCAGCUUCUGCAGGGGGCGCUGUCUGUCCUGGACGGAUGUCAUCAUGGAGGAGCCCCACCUUCGGUCCGAGUGCGAGUGCUGCAGCUACAAGCUGGACCUGGUGAAACCGGUCCGUUUCCUCAGCCUGCAGUGUGAGAGCGGAGAAAGUGAGCAGGUCUUCCUGCCGGUCAUAACCAGCUGUGAGUGCACCAGCUGCCACGGAGGCGACUUGUCCAGACGUUGAGUGAAUGUGUGGCCUGAUAGAGAGAGUGUGUGUGUGUGUUGAUGAGUGUGGGUCAGGUAGAGAAGAAGCAGUCUGAACCCCAUGCUGAGCGAGAGCGGGAUUCUCAGUGCCAACUCUCUGAUAGUUGGAUGCGUCUGGGAUGAACAGAUGGGUGGACAGUCGAGUGGAAGAAGUUCCUGUUGAAGGAUGAGAUGCUCACAUUGUUUUUUAAAUCCUAGUUUCAGGUUCUUGUUUCUUCGUCCUGUACAGUCGUUUUCUACCGUGUAUUUAUAGUUUGAUCUCUGUGUGACUUGUUAUGCGUUAAGAGAUGUUUGCUGUCAGUUUUUCUGCUUCCUACUGUUAAA